UCAAAAGUGACUCAUAACCUAGAGAAGUAGUAGUACUACACACAUGCCCCAACAGCCUCCCAUUAAAAAAAGUUAAAACAAAUGUCUGAAAAUUGGAAAAAACUACCGAACCCCAUGUGCCCUUCCUUCCAAGACAUCCAAAGCACAUUCCCACGUCCAUCAUCAUUCACUAGUAGCUGGCACCCCAACAGGCCAAUAGGCCAAUACCAUAGUAGAAUUCAAUUCCACCUUUCUCUCUCCCAAACCAUGAUGCCAGAAAUGGAUGCCUCCUCCGCCAAAGCCCCCCAAAUCUCCGAAAUGUUCCAGAAAUUCGCUCUCGCUUUCAAGACCAAAACCUUCGAGUUCUUCGCCGACGAAAACCCCUCCCCCCUCGACGACUCCGACGGCUUCUCCCUCCUCGACUCCGCCGAAGAAAUCAUCACCGACCAAAAAGUCGUCGUCAUCAAACCCGACCCCGACCCCUCCCAUAACUACUCCCCGCCGCCGCCGCCGCAAUCGCCGCCACCGACUCCGCCUCAGAUCGCCGAAAAGACGGCACCGCUAACCGAAGCUCAGAUUAGAGAAACCACGCACGGCCUGAUCUCCUCGGUCUUCGCUGCCGUGUCCGCGUUCGAAGCUUCCUACUUCCAGCUCCAGAGCGCACACGUGCCGUUCGUGGAAGAUCACGUGACGAGCGCGGACAAGGUGUUGGUCUCGCACCUCCAGAGGCUCUCGGAGUUAAAGAAAUUCUACUGCAACCCCGAGGGUCCCGGUUUACCGUUUGGGUCGUGUUUGGAGGCUGAGGUUGAAGAGAACCAAAGCAAACUGAGAACCCUCGGCACCGUCUCCAACCGCUUGCAGUGGGAACUGGAGCAGAAGCACGACGAGGUGGUGGCGCUCAGAGCCAAACUCGACGAGAUUCGCAGUGGUAACGUGACUUUGACCAAGAAGCUUUGCGCCAACACUUUGAAUCUGAACCCCUCUUGUGAUGUUCUGUUAACUGUCAAGGUUUUCGAUUCCUUGUUGCACGACUCUUCUAGAGCGACGCAUAGGUUCACCAAGAUUCUGAUCGGCUUGAUGAGGAAAGCAGGGUGGGAUUUGGGUUUAGCGGCCAACGCAGUUCAUCCCAACGUCGAUUACGCCAAGAAAGGGCACAACCAGUACGCGCUUUUGUCGUACGUUUGUUUGGGGAUGUUUCAUGGUUUUGAUUCGUUAAAUUUCGGACUGGAACAAACGGUGUCGGACAGAAGUGGUUGUUUGAAACAAUUGCUGGAGCAUGUGUCUAGCAAUCCGAUGGAUUUGCUGGGGAUUCACCCGGGUUGCGAGUUUUCGCGGUUCUGCGAGCACAAGUACGAGAGGCUCAUCCAUCCUUCGAUGGAGUCCUCCAUUUUUGUGAAUUUGGAGGAGAAGGAGGCGGUGUUGAACUCGUGGAGGUCGUUGAGUAUGUUCUAUGAGGCAUUUGUUGGAAUGGCUAGUGCUGUUUGGACACUGCAUAAGUUGUCCUAUGCGUUUGAUCCUGUUGUUGAGAUUUUUCAGGUGGAAAGGGGUGUGGAGUUUUCUAUGAUAUACAUGGAAGAUGUCACAAAGAGAUUUACCUGGCCGCACAAGGGGAGGGCAAAGGUGGGGUUCACCGUGCUUCCUGGUUUCAGAAUUGGGAGGGUAGUUAUUCAAUCGCAGGUUUAUAUAAGCAAUUUCAGAUGUACAGAGUAGUGUAACCAGGGUUCCUCUUCAGAUGAGACUAGUACUAUGAAUCUUGUUCAUGGUUCUGUUCUGCUCUUGUGGUUUGUCUCUCAUCCGUAAGAGUUUUGCCGGAGUUUAUUAAUAGAUGCCUAAGACAAUGACAUUGCCAUAUGUGCCUGAAGAUGUUUGCUUCAUUCUAUGAAGAUGAAGUGGGAGCCGUAGCGAUGGUUUCAAGUUAUUCAGUAUAUGGUGCCAAUUCCAUGUGAGAAUCAAAAGUAUUUUUUGUUGGUAUUUUUCUCUUUCUGUUUUCCUCCCAGUUUUGUUUUUAUGCUUGUUUUAGGUCACUUGUGUAGAGUUAACUGUACAGAAUAUUCCUCUCAUUCUGGUUACUCUAACAACAAAUACACCAGUAAAUUGUGCAUGUAUCACUUAUUACUUAUAUGACAAAUAACAAUGGUUUUCUCAA